AUGGGAACUCACCAUGUUUCCUCUCAAUUGGUGCAGUUUCUUUCCAGCCGCGGCAGCUGGCAAGGUUUGCUAGGUGCCCAGUCCCGUGAUGCGGGGCAGCGAUGUCAAAGUCCCAGCUUGACCUGCAAAGAGGGAGUUUUCAGGAAGAGCAGUGAACCGACGAAGUGGCCUUUGAUUAGUCGGGUUGCAACCCCAAUGCCUGGUCCGGGAAGGGACAAAACCAAAGCAACCUUUCAGCUUGACCGUCGACAUCUUAGGCAAAGCCACAAGGUCAAGGUCAAAGCUGCUCGCUGCAGGGCAGAAGAUGGGAUAGUGCAGACUUGUUUGUCCACGCUGGAUCAUGCUGAACCCAAGCUCAUCUCUACCAACCGUUUGGGCUUUUCCUGCAUAGCUUCAGACUGCAAGCUUUUGCACCUGGCUGCAAAUAGGCUUUGA